AUGGAACCACCAAGACAAUUAGAAACUGAUACGGUAGAGUAUUGGAGACAGCAAGCUAAAUAUUAUGAGCAAAAAGUUAACGACAUUCAACAAGAACUGGAUGAGUAUACAGAAAAUUCAGCUCAGCUUGAAAAAGAGUUAGAAACAUCUUUAGUUCAAGUGGAAAAUCAAAAUAGAGAUUUGAAGCACCAAAAUCAACGUUUCAAAAAUGAGAUCGAGAUUCUAAGGAAAAAAUUGGAACGAAGUCAACACGAAACUAAUGCACUAGAAAGUGAAUUACAAGCUUUAAAAAUUGAGAAAGAAAAGCAAGCAACUUAUAUACGAGAAAUUGAACAGAAAAAUGAUGACCUGGAAAGAGGACAAAGGGUAAUAACAGAGUCUGUGUCAUGUAUAGAAGCAUUAUUAAAUCAAGCAUAUGAAAGAAAUGCUGUCUUAGAAAGUGAGGUAGAUGAAAUAGAAAAUUUGAGAGUAAAACUUCAAAGAGCAACUGAUGAAGCUAGAGACCUUAAACAAGAGUUGAAAGUCAUAGAAAAGGUUCCAGAUUAUAAAAAAGAAGAUGGGAGCAUAGAAGAAAGUGUGUGCAAUGGCCAGAUAUCAAAUACAUCUAGAACCCAAGUUGAAAUUGAAACCCAAACAUCAAUAUCAUCACCUCAGAAAAGAGAAAUCAAUGGCAACGCCAUGACACCUUCUUCCCGAGUAACAGCAAUAAAUAUAGUUGGAGAUCUACUUAGGAAAGUAGGGCUUGAAAGAUUUCUUUGCCGUGAAUGUGGUAAGGUCAAAUGCUCAUGUGAAUCAACUAUAACUGUUGAGCACCACUACACACAAGCAGAAAAUGUAGCCAAAGCAAAUGAGUUUAAAACAGAAUUACAUGAAGAAGAUGUUGUGGAGUAUCGUAACCCAAAACAAUUUGCUUUGGAAUCCAAAUUAGCAUCGUGUCGUGGUACAGUUAGACCUAAAGAGCAUUCACCAAAUCAAGGCUCAGAUGUCAAUAAGGACUACAGUGCG